AUGUUACUCUCUCUCCUUCGCUUGAGAACACCGUCUCUCGCUGAUACAACAUGCUACACGCGUCGUCUGAAGCUUGCAUUAUCGAGAUCAAUAUCUGAUGCAUCCAUUACCAGCGACUUAACUGCUGAAGAGAAAGAAUCACUCAGAGAGAAGCUUCAUAGGCAGAGGAAAACAGAAUGGAAACGUAGGCAAGGGGGCCAGAGUUUUCUAGACUAUCUCAUCGUCAAUGUUCGAGGAGGAAAUGGUGGCAAUGGAUGUGCGGCCUUCCAUCGCGAAAAGUUCGUUCCUCAUGGGCCCCCAUCUGGCGGUGACGGCGGACGUGGUGGCGACGUCUAUAUCAUACCAACACCGCAUAUGACAACAUUGUCCUCGAUUUCCAAGAAGAUACGCGGCGAAGCUGGGGGACACGGCCGCGGUACUUGGCAGAGCGGCAAAUCUGGCUCACCGACGAUCAUCAAAGUCCCCCUUGGAACGGUGGUUCGGGAACUCGGUAGGGACCAUCCCUUGCGAGCGCAGGACGAGUGGGAGGCAGAAGAAGCCGCGCUAGAGGGUUUGCCUCCUGCAUUGAAGCGGGACAAAAUGCGCGAAAAUCGAUGGGUACAUUACCCGCGCGCUGCUGAGGACAACGUCGAAAGAGACUCAUUCAAGGAAGCAGAACAAAACAUGUACAAGGUAGAGCGCGAGCGCCGCUUGGAAAGGCGGAGAAGAGCCAUUGAAUCACCUAUCGACUUGGACCUUUCUAAAGAGAUAAAAGAGGAUACCUCGAUCGAUGCACCGCUAGGUACAAGGCGGCAGGAGCCCACGGGUCAUUUGGUUGCUUCCGGUGGUCAAGGUGGCUUAGGAAACACCCACUUCAUAACUGCUGAAAAUCGUUCACCAAAAUUCGCAACGCGUGGGCAAGAGGGCGAACGCGUUACCCUCAUUCUUGAGCUCAAACUACUCGCCGAUAUCGGGCUAGUGGGCAUGCCCAAUGCCGGAAAGAGCACUCUCCUUCGCGCGCUUACCGGUGGACGCGUCAAGAGCGAGGUGGCGAGCUACGCGUUUACAACGCUGAACCCUGUCGUAGGUGUCGUCCGGGUCGCCGAGGAUGGUACAUUCGAGGGCAGCUUGCAACAUGGUGCUGUCUACGGCGAGACGGCCGUCGAACGCGAGCACGACCAAGCUAGGCAUGACCUGGAUCGCCAAACAAUUGCUGCGGAGGAUAUCACAUCAACUUCCCCAUAUUCAUUUUCUGCGGAAGCUGCAGUGCCACAGCGCUCAGGGCACUACUUCGAUGCUGUAGAGGAUUUCCGGUUUACCAUCUCAGACAAUCCUGGCCUCAUCUCUCGUGCUUCCGACAAUGUAGGGCUUGGCCACUCGUUCUUGCGCGCUAUGGAGCGAUCUCUCGCCCUCGCUUAUGUUGUGGACUUCUCGCAGCCUGCGCCCUGGGACGAACUGAAGGUACUCAAGGAGGAGUUGGAGCAGUACAAACCUGGGAUGAGCGAAAAAGCAAGGAUAGUGAUUGCGAACAAAGCCGAUCUGCUGGCAUCUACGGGGGACGCCGCUGAGGUAGAGGAAGCCAAGACGAAGCUUAAACACCUGGAGGAAUGGGCCAAAGACAACUUGGGUCCUCUCGAUGUGGUGGCUGUCUCCGGAAAAUACGCUCAGAAUCUGAAGAAAGUCGUUCGGCUCAUGCGGUCCUACGUCGAAGCAGAACGCCUCGCCAUGGAAAACAACGUGGAGCUUGACUCCCCACCUUCAGCUCCCUCGCUUGAAGAAACGUCGACGCCGUGA